AUGGUACAAGGAUUUUCCAUCAGAAAAAUUGAACCUAGGGACUACCUUGGUGUUAUAGCGGCGCUAAACGAACUGACUAGUGUAGGUACUGUUGAUAUUGAAGAAUUUAGUCGGGUAAUUGAGUACUGGAAAUCGUGUACAGUCCAAGAUGACAUUCCGGUGUAUAAUCCCUACGUAGUAGUUGACGAUGCAACGAACGACGUGGCAGCAACAGGUAACCUAAUCAUAGAACAGAAAUUGAUUCACAAUUGCGCAUUAUGUGGCCACAUAGAGGAUAUCGCAGUCUCUGCGAAAUUUCAAGGCAAAAAAUUGGGUAAAUUCCUAAUUGAUUACCUAACAGAUACUGGAUUAAAAGCCGGUUGUUACAAGGUAAUACUAGAUUGCGACGAAAAAAACGUUAAAUUCUACGAAAAAUGUGGUUAUUCAAAGGCCGGCGUUGAGAUGCAAAUUCGCGAAUAA